AUGUCACACGCCGCCAAUUUGACACCUGUGGUUAUCGGAGUGGGAGAUAUCAAGAAUACCUCCGUGAAACCCGAGCAUGCAUACGAACCAAUCGAGCUUAUGAUUCAGGCCAUUACAGCCGCCGUAGAUGACAGCUCUGCACCAAAAUCCAAGAUUAUCUCCGCCGUGGAUAGCAUUGACGUUGUUGCGAACUGGACUUGGCCAUACCCGAACGCUGCUCAUUUGUUGGCGGAGAAGCUCGGCGUGAAACCAGUGCAUCAAUAUGAAAGCGGUCAUGGGGGCAACACGCCCGUGGAAUUGUUUGAUGAGGCAGCCCGACGAGUGUCCAAGGGCGAAUGUCGGCUUGCUGUUGUGACUGGUGGUGAGGCUCUUGCAUCAUUGGCUGCAUUUAUUGCGGAAAAGAACUUUCCUCCCAAGAACUGGACUGAAGUGAACGACCAUACUUCUAUCUGGGAACGGUCGAAACGUGAUGAUCUUGGAACACUGCAUUCCAUCGGACUUCCGAUUCAGGUCUACCCCCUGUACGAAGCUGGACUGAGAGCCCAUCGCAAACAGACUUGUGCCGAUAAUCAUCAAGAGUCGGCACAGCUGUAUGCCAACUUUGCUGAAAUUGCCGAGAACAAUCCUGUCUCGUGGAACUAUGGCAGGCCCCCUGCGACAAUUGACUCCAUUGCUACCAUCACGAAGAAAAACAGAAUGAUAUGUUCACCAUACCCCCUGUUGAUGAAUGCAUUCAACAAUGUUAACAUGGCAGCCGCGUGUAUUGUUACUUCAGUCGACUUUGCUCGUCAACUAGGAGUGCCUGCAUCUCGCUGGAUCUACCCCCUUGGAGGCGCCGGCACAAGCGACGCGAGCAACUUCUGGGAACGUCACGACUUUCACUCCAGUCCAAGUAUCUCAAACUCGCUCGACGAAGCGCUCCGAGUGUCCGGUUUGACCAAGGAGGACAUUGACAUUUACGACUUUUACUCCUGCUUUCCUAUCGUCCCUAAACUCGCCUGCCGGCACCUUGAUCUCCCCAUUACCAGACAAGAUCGCCCUCUGACGGUGCUUGGUGGGCUGACCUCCUUCGGCGGUGCCGGCAACAACUAUUCUCUCCAUGCCAUCACGCAAGUCGUUCGCGAGCUCCGCGCUCGCCAUGGUCAACAUGGACUUAUUCUCGCCAAUGGCGGUGUCCUGUCCCACCACCACGCCGUGUGUCUCUCGGUUCGGCCGCGAGCCGAUCGAUCCUUAUAUCCAUGCCAAAACCCUCUGCCGGAGUUCUCGCCUGAUAUCUCUUCGCCCCCCAUUGCCGUUCAGGCAAAUGGCCGUGCAACGUACACGGUGGACUUCCAGCGCAACGGUUCUCCGGGCCAGGGAUACGUGGUUGGCCGUUUGGAGAGCGGGGAGCGCUUCAUCGCCAAUGCUGCCAAUGCUGCGACCCUGAAACAAUUGUCCAGCACCGCGGUGGAGCAGAUUGGUCGUUCUGGCUGGGUUCUGAAUGACGCAAAAUCAUCGAGGAACCUUUUCUCAUUCGAGGGCCCACAUCUUUAA